ACGAACCCCAAACCGCAACAACACUCCAAAACGAGCCCCAAACCUCAAAAACACCUGAAAACGAACCCCAAACCUCAACAACACCUGAAAACGAACCCCAAACCUCAACAACACCUGAAAACGAACCCCAAACCUCAACAACACCUGAAAACGAACCCCAAACCGCAACAACACCUGAAAACGAACCCCAAACCUCAAAAGAUCACCUACAAAACUCACCAACAAAAAAAGUAAUCCCCUAUAAAUCUAGUUUACAAACUCAAACUGCAGAAGACGAAAACGAAGACAAUUCACCAACAAACGAAACUCAAUUGACUUCAAGAACAGUACUUAUGUCACCACGUAACAUUAGAAGCGACUUCCUACAAGCAAUGUUAGAUAUUUUCACGAAAAACUUGAAAACUAAAACAUUACAGUACUUUAAAAGUUUCAUUCAUAAAGAACAGAAGUUUGUGAGAAUAGCUCUAGAGUAUUUGAAUCUUCACAAUACCAAGUUCUUCUUGCCCGAAGAAGUGGAUGUUGUUAAGAAAAUUUUGAAAGAAUACCGCAAGAGGCCAAAUUUUGUGGUUAAAGGCGUUAUGUCUGAUAGCAACAAAGAACUAAGUCUACGCCCAAUACCAUUAAAAUUACUACCAAUAAAAAGCCUUACCACAGAAGAAAAGAUAAACACAUACGUACACACGGCUCUGCCCAUAUUCGCAACGCAAAAGGCAUUUUACCUGUUGAAACUAAAAAUCUCAAUUCUACUAAGCCUUUUAGACUUUUUGAAAACAGAGACCGAAGAACUAGAAAUUGAAUUUACGAAAGUUUUGAAUAAAAAUCAAAGGGUUUUUAUAGAAACUACGGUGGAUAAUAUCAAUUUGAGAAUCAAGGGUGGCGGACCACCGGCUGUCGUGAAGAUUUUCACUGCAAUUUUCAAUCAUUUGCAAGAUAACAACGUGCAAAUUGGUGUUAUGUUCGAUCAUUCUUAUAUAUCACUAACAUUCUCGAAAUACUACCACAAUCUUUCGCCGAUCGCCAACAAGCCUAAAGAGAAAGCACAAACUAUAAUAGCUUUGGACAGUACAAGCGACAGUUCAAGCAGCCCUCCGUACAGGAAGCUAGGCAGACCGAUCAUCACUGAAGCAGACAUCACAGACGAUGACGUCAGCAGUUUGAACGAAGAUUUACCGAAACUCAAUACACCGCAUGGCACAACGCUGGUAAAUCUUAAAGAAUUCGCCAAAAUGUACAAUAAAACUAAUGAAAAAGAAAAUACGUCGGUAGCGGAUAAGAUUAUGAAGGAAGAGACUGAUUUUGGUAGUGAAAAGGGUAAUUUUGAUCUAAGUGCUAGGAACAGUGUUGAACGUAGGGAUUGUGUGAGUGAAAUAAGUGAUACGCCUGUUGAAUAUGUUGUUUGUGUUGGUUAUCAAGAGGAAAUAGUAUCGGAUGGUAAUGAAAAUGCGCUCAAAAUUGCCCAAAGUGAGAAAAAUGGAAAUGAAACAGCUACUGAUAAGACUAAUAAUGAUAAUAGUGAAACUGUCAGUUCGGUUGUCGAUAAUGAAACUGUGAAUAAUAAUUCCAGUAUUAUAAGUAAAGAUGAAACAAAUCUAGAUGUAGUUUUUACACGUGAACCGAUAGAUGGCGGUGUCCAACAAAAUGGUAUCGUGGAGACAGACUGUGAUACUCCUAAACUUAAUUUAGAUUUAAGGGAAGAUAUUUGUGAUAAUGAAAAAAGUUUUGUAAAUCAGAGUGGAAUUAAAAUCGCCCAUAUACUACAUGUGAACGAUCCAAUACAGAAAAUUGAUGUAGAAAAAGCGAAAGAAAUUCAAAGAGUUAUUUCGGAAAAUAUAAUUAAAGGUGAAGAGUUACCGCUGCUAAAAUGUCACGGUUAUCAAAAUGAUUCCUUGAUUUACUCGUGCCAAAAUCAAGAGUCAUUUGAAUGGCUGAAUAAAAUCAUUGAAUCUAUCGGAGAUUUGAAGAUAUUCACAAAAGUUCACACAAAAAUGUUAUUAAAAUUGCGUUCUUUAUACGAUGUUACAAGUGAUCAUUUGUUUAUCAUGUUAGAGAAGUAUAAUAAGGGAUUGUCUACAGUAUCUUGGGAAGUAGAAUCUAAGAGUAUUGAAGAUGGUGUGAUAGUAUUUGUAGUAAAAAUGGAUGAAGCGUCCAUUGAUUUUAUAUGUGAAUCCAACAUGGCGUUGUACGCUGGUGUUGACAAAGUCGAUUUUAGUCUGGUCUAACUUUUUGAACAAUACGGUCGUCUGUAGACAAGGAAUAAAUUGUAUUUUACCAUUUACAAAGUUUCUUUUAACUUACAAAUGUAUGCUAGGUGUAAACGGAACGCUCACCAAAAACGCUACAAUUUGUUUCUGUUUUUAUAACUUUAAUCGUUUUUGUUUUCGUGUUAUUCAUGCAACAUCAGCCUUAAGCAGUUGAUUAUAACUAUUACUAGCAAACCCGGCGAACUCCGUUUCGCCACCAAUGAUUUUCCCCCGAUUCCUGCUUUUCUCUUAAAGUUUUCCUGAAUUUUCUUUGCUAUAAACCUCACGGAGCCCGAAACCUGUCCAAUGAAUGCAAAACCGUGGAAAUAGGUUAGUGCGUUCUAGAGUUAUAGCGUCAGGAAGGAAAACCCGACUUAU